CCGAGAGUCACGGCCAAAAAAACUAAACUUGCCCAAAGGCUACAUAACUAUGGCUGUUCCCUUUCUCAGGAUGCUCAACACGUCAACCUCGUUCCCUCAGCCCCGUGCCACACGGGACUGAAGGUAUCCCUCAUUCAUGCGCUGUAUCGCACACCCCGCUGCUAUCUUCGCCAUGGGUCAUCUUUGAUCCCCUUCGUCUUCUCUUCCCAGAGACUGACCUCGCCGCCUUGCACCGGGAGCAGCUCGAUAGUGUUCCCACGUGCCCUCCCUUCACCGUCUCUUUUCACGUUCGCUUCUGCCCUCUGUUAGCCCAGAAUUUUUCUUCAAGGGACAGCCGUACCCACACAGUCCUUCCUUGAACUUCUGGCUUGUGGCCGUCCGCCCAGGCCCGACGGUUUCCACCACCAUGGCCAAAGAAAUGUCCAUGACCUCUCGCACCGGCACGGCCAAUCAGCGCUAUGGAACCAAAGGCGAGAGACUGGUCGCCGGCAUUGUCCCCCUGUCUGCGGACAAGACCCGAGUUCUACUGAUACAAUCCUCCCGGCGGAAUGGCUGGGUCCUUCCCAAAGGCGGCUGGGAAUUGGACGAGGCUUCGGCGUCAGUUGCCGCUGUCCGAGAAGCGUGGGAGGAAGCUGGGAUCAUCUGCAAGGUCGAAAAAGAUCUGGGUCACAUUCCGGACACGCGGCCAACAACGGCCGUGACGAAACACGCUCCUAAAGCAAGUUACCACUUCUUCGAGGCCAUCGUGACCGAGGAAAAGGACAAUUGGCCCGAGAAAAACAAGAGAUCCAGGCAAUGGUACGCUUAUGCACAAGCAGUUCAGCUGUUGAACUCCCGGCCCGAGCUGUUGGAGGCUUUGAGGAGGAGUUCGGUCAAGAAGUGAAAAGGAAUUGGACAAACGAUUGUGUCUAGACAGCAUACAUCGACGCCGGAUAGAGAAAGGCCCCAAGAGGAGUCUUUCGGAAGAUGACGGCUACGUGGCUUCAGCAUUGUCUCACUGCUUCGUUAGUCCUGACAGACGAUCUGCGGGACAUGAGCAGUCUUGGGGUGGUUGGCAUUGAGACCAUUAGCUCGAGCAUCGAAUAGAAGAAUCCAGAGCUCACAUGAGCAACUGCAUCUGGUGCUGUGGACGCAUCACGCCCUUGGAGGGCGAUAUAUGCAGCAGUGAACUGGCAGAACAAAACUAUGGAUCUCAAAUUGCCCUCAAAUGAUAGCGUGAACAUCCCUUGGAAUAUUGAGCCCAGUACUAUCUGUUUGUGAACCAAUGGCAAUUUUGCCCAUCAGCACGAUAUGGGUGUUCUGGUUGUUUUUGAACCGUCG